AUGAACCUCCGCUAUUUACGUGGCACGGGAAUGAAUACCUUCACAGUUGACUAUCUCAUGUGGCAUCAUUUUGGACGUCGCUUGGACGAAUGUAGCCCAGACAUCGUGCGUCAGUAUCGCGUAUACUUCCAGCACCUACCAAAUCCGACAAAUCUGGCAAUGUUCAUCGAAUCCUAUGUCAACCGCACUGCCAUUGCUAUAUCGCGAGACGGUCAAAGUGGUCCUCAACUGAACGUUCCGGUACUGCAGAUUGUUGGUGCUGGAAGCCCAUUUGUGAACGACACAGUGGAAGUAAACACGAAACUGGAUCCUGCGCAUUCGGACUGGAUCAAGGUCUCUGAUGCAUGUGGUCUUGUGUUGGACGACCGCCCAGAAGUAGUGACGGAAAGCAUGAUGCUGUUUUUACAAGGACUUGGUUACUUCCCAACAAUGAAUGUUGUGAAAUUGAUGAAGAAGAUCCAGGACACCCAAAAUGGUUCGUACUCGGCGACGUGUGAUCACGUAAAUGAAUGUUAA